UAGCAAGUGCCAGCAACCAGGAAUCAAAAGCAACUUCAGUUGAUGGAAUUAAGCAUUCUGAGCUGGGACUGGAGAUACAGCAACCACAGGAUGCACCAGAGAAACAAUCGGUAGCGAUGGAAACUAGUGAAGGAAGUGAUCUUCUAAAGGAAAAGAAUUCUGCGGAUCAACCUGCUGAAAGCAUUGUGCAGCAAUCGAGAGAUUCUGACUGCCAAUCAACGAUGCCGGUACAGUCAUCAGUCGCACAACAGGGGGUUGAGGCCUUAGAGCAGCAGUCUUUGGAAACAGCCCAAGUGGAAAAACAGCGUAUUAAGGACAAACUGGAAGGAGAACAAUCCGAGCAAAAUAAGCAACAACCUCCAGUAGAUCAUCUUUCCACAUCGUUAGGCGAACCAGUGCCAGAUUUAACGAAGCCACAAUCCGACACGCUGCAAGAAAGUGUGCAAAACGUUUCUUCCCUCGUCUCUUCAUCUUCCGCUGCGUCAAGUUCCAAUCAGCAGCAGGAAUUGUCGAAGUUAGGUACACCCACCACCAUGGAACAGUUAAAGCCUACGGAUCAUACCACGAAGCUAGAUGAAAAGAAGUCCAGCGACGAACAGCAACAGGAACUGUCAAAAGUAAAGCAGGAAGCAGGAGGGCAGCAGCAAGAUGGGGAGAAUAUGCUUGAUUCCAAGUUGCAACUGUCGGAGCUCAUUAAGAAGGAAAAGCAAGAUUCCUUAAGCGAACCGAUGGAAGUCGAUCAGGACAUUCCGAUUGGAUUGCAAAGUCAAUCAGUAAAAGAGACCACGACUGGCACGACCGAUACGAAGCCAGCUAUAGUGACGGUGAAGGAAGAGUGUCAACCAUCGCCAGCUCCAAAAGAAGAGGAGCAGCUUUCGAAAGAUAAACCAUCGCCAGCGCAAUCGCCAUCGCCGCAAUUGAAACAGGAACUCCAGCAGCAACUAAAGGCUUCUACGGCGCUCUCUUCACCGCAACACCAACCGAAAUUAGGUUUGCAACAGCCAAAAAUGCAACCGAACUUUUCAAAACAGGAACCAAAUCAACAUCUGCCCCCACCAUCGGCGCAGCAACCGAUUACAAGUCCACAACAGCAACAGCAUAUGCAGGUUCACCAGCAGAAACAGCCUCCUCAGCAGCAGUUGCUAUUGCUGCAGCAGUUGCAACAGCAACAACCCGAAAGUCAGCAGCAGCAAAUGUUACCCAAGCAGGCUCAGCCCGACCAGCAAUCGUCAGAGCAACAGCAGCAGCCAGAAGCAACGCUUACACUUCCACAGCAAUCACCGUCGCCGAUGUCUUCAAACUCUUCGCAAACAGGCAAUCAUCCCUGUAACAAUCUGAUGCAAUCGAGUGGAGCAACACCAACGCAGCAGGAUAGCGGUAUGGCGGACGGACCACAGGCGCAAGUUCACAUCUCGAGCACUACGACAACAACCGACGUAGGAAAUGCUACAGUCGUAGGAGCACAGGCGCAAGCGCGAUCUUUUCACCAGCUCGUCAACAAUAGCUCAGUACCGCCAGGGGCGAACCUGGUAUCACAACAACAGCAGCAGAAUCCUAUGGGAAGUGUAACCGGCGGUGGUAUGCGAGUAUUGAUAGGACAACAGCAACAGGCAGUGACAACGCAGGGCGUAGGCAAUGGAAACAACACCGCGGCUAGCAUGCGGUUAGUCAUGCCCCCGAACCAGCUGGUGCCUCCUAAUAGUAACAGCGGCGCAAGCGGAAACAUGAUGCAAGGUGUAGCGCAAACAUCCAGCGCCGAUGGAAGCAGUAUUGGUGGCAUACUUCCUGCAGUUACUACAAGUUCUGCCAGCCAACCGGUUACUACGCAGAACAAUAGUACAAAUCAAGGAAUGAAUGUAGUGAAUGUCACGAUGCAGCAGCAGCAGCAGCAAUCACUUAGCAGCGUGGUACAGCAGCAGCAGCAGCCGGGAACAUCCGGCCAGCCCGGUGGUGUAGGAGGUAGCGGUGUUGGUCAGCAACAGCAACAACCAAAUACGACACCCAUCAUUCCGAUGUCGGGCGGCAGUGGUCCGAUAUUGUUUAAUAAUGUGGACACUAGUAACUCUGGGCAGCAGCAGAUGGUACCGAGUGGUGGCAGCAUUGGUGUCGUCGCUACGUCACUAGCCAGCAGCGGAGCAGCUACCAGCAAUCCUACCACGACCGGUGGCGGUCUGCCAACAAUGAUGUCCGGCGGCACUAGUGCUGGCGGCCCAUCUCAAGGGGGAUCCGGGAACUAUUCUUCCAACAACAUGAUUGCGAUGCCGGUACAGGGAACAAAGGAUUGGCACCAUUCGGUAACACCCGAUUUACGCAACCAUCUGGUGCACAAGCUGGUGCAGGCUAUCUUCCCAUCACCCGAUCCAUCUACCAUGUUCGAUAAACGCAUGUACAAUCUCGUUGCAUAUGCCAAGAAGGUGGAAGGGGACAUGUAUGAAAUGGCAAAUUCGCGUUCCGAGUACUAUCAUCUGCUAGCGGAGAAAAUUUAUAAAAUCCAGAAAGA